AUUCUAUGAAGCAUCAUAACUGCAUAGAAGUUCGUAAUGAAAAGAGAGGCACAAAGUGCGUAUGACAUUAUGUAGCACCUUUAAUAUGGUAAAAAAAUUAAAGAGCAUUUUAAUAGUCUUAUAACAACAGGAAAAAAAAUUAUUCUUCAGCUUGGUUGUACGUACUUCUAGGAUUUCUAUCUUCUGCCUGAUGUGAGAGGGGAGAAGGCAUUAAUCAAACAAAACUUCAUAGAUACAUUCCAAUACAUGAUGAAAAGAAGUUUUGAAGAGCAUUUAAAAGCAGAAAAUGGUGUAGAGGAUACAGUAUAAAGUGUUUAUGAAAGACAUUCUUCAGCAGUGAAGCAAAGGCCACUUGGUGGAUUUAUUAAACUUGAAAGGAUUUGAAAACAAGGAUGAAGUCAUGGGGUUGCUUAAUCAGGAAUUAUUGCAGGUCAGCAAGUACAGGGUGAGCCUUUUAACACAAGUUAUGACAUGCACAACAGUGUCAUCUUUCCCCACAUUUACAGAGAACAGAGCAGGGGAGGUUCCUCAGAAGUUUAUUGAAAUAGGUGUCUAAAAUCUUUAUUAAUAUGAGUUGAUCUACAGUGGCAUUCCAAGUGGGGAGUUCAGGAUCUGGCCAUUCUUUUAUGUAUCUUAACAAUGGUCGGACCCAAAGGCUUCUGGAUUUAAUGAACGGACCGAACCGCUGAUUUGGAAAAGGCAAAGGGUGGAGAUGUGUGUUUCAUGAUCAACCCUCGGUGGUGCUACGCUGAGCCAAUGUGCCCCCUACUCUACUUGCCUUACACUUAUGACUGUGUGGCUAAGUGCAGGUCCAAUGGCAAGUUUGCUGACAGCACCACUGUCAUAGGCUGAAUCAAAGGUGGUGAUGCAUCAGCAUAUAGGAGGGAGAUUGAACAUCUGGCUGAGUAGUGCCGUAACCACAGCCUCUUACUCAAUGACAGCAAGACCAAAGAGCGGAUUAUUCACUUCAGGAGAAGGAAACCAGAUGUCUUUGAGCCAGUCCUCAUCAGAGCUGGAGACGCCCUCUUCCACAAGCGAGGAACGAGCAAUUGCAAGGAUCGCAUCACAUCCACUCGUGUGCAAAAAAAUUGCAGCUAUUAAGGCUGCUGUAAAUUUAUUUAAAGAAGCUAGAGAAAAAAGCAAAGACCAGAAGUUGCUGCAGGAGCCACAGUUGAAAACAGAGUCAUUAGAGCCCUCAAGGCAAGAAGGAAUGUCCCAUGGUAAGACAAAUAAGAUGAAAGGAGACAAUACCAUAGGUGAGAAAAGCAAACCAACACAUAUCAAACAAGCCAGUACAACUCUGGAAAAAUCUGAACCUGAAGUUAUGAUUGAAAAGUGCUUCACUAAUGAAGAUGCCUCCAAAGUCCAAGCUGCUGAGUCCACAUUGGUUUCUCACGUUACCAAACAGACGGAAUCUAGAGCAAUAGAUACCGAACAAACGAGUGCAACUCCAGAAAACUCCAAAUCUGAAGCUUCGAAUGAAGAUUGUUUCAGUAAAGAAGACACCUCCAAAGACCAAGCUGCAGGUUUGCUUUCUCAAAUUACUAAAAAGAUGAAACCUGCCCAGUUAAACGUAGAGAAAACAAAUCAAGUUUCAAUUAAUUCACCUAACUCAAAGCCUAUUGAAGAAGAUGAAAGUGUUGAUGAAGAAGAAGAGUAUUUUGAUGAUAGUACAGAGGAGAGGUUUUAUAAUCAGACAUCUAGUGAUGAGAGUGGGGAUGAUGAUUUCUUCAUUGGAAAGGUGAAAAGAACAAAUAAAAGGAAGCAAGAACCUGAUCCAGCAGCUGAUGUCAACAUUGAAAAUGAUAAUGAGAGAAAUGUGCCAACUGGCCUAAAGGAAAAACAGAGCAAUCUUAAUAGAAAAAAGAGCAGCGGGGAACAGGCAAAAUUUGGAUCUUUAUUUUGUAACAAUUUGUCAAGUUCAAAGGCAUCAAUGCAGAAGAGCAAUCUUCAAAGACAAAUCAAGAACAAGAAAUCUGCUGUUCAGCACAAAAGUUCUAACUCCAAAAAAUUGUCUUUUCGUGAGGAAUCCCAAGGGAAGCAUAGAGAUGCAGUUCCAAAACCACAACAAUCACUUCAUCCUUCUUGGGAAGCAAGUAGAAGACGGAAAGAGCAGAUCCAGAUAGUUGCAUUCCAGGGGAAAAAGAUCAGAUUUGAUGAUUAAUUUCUUUAAAAAGAAAUGGUGGAAUUGCAUUGCAUUGCAUUGUUUUGUAUUAAAGCAAUUUCAAAACCAGAUAAAAAUAUCUGAAGAAAUGAUUAUACGAAUAUCAAAUAUCUGUCAUGUUUCAUACUGAAAUUGCAGUUUAUAUUUGCAUUUUGUUGCAAAAUGAUCUUCUGAACUGUUUUAACUGUUUACACUUCUAAAGAUUUAAAAUUCAUAUUUAAACACAAGAACUGUUAAGUUUUAAGUAAAUAAUUUACAAAAUGCUUUUUGAUAAUUUUAUAAGUUUCAGUCCUGAGGUUACUCAUCACGUGCAAAGAUAAAUUCUCUGCUGAAAUAUUUCAAAAUGCUUGCAAUUAUAUGCAAUAAUUUCAAAAAUCUGUUUCUUCAUCAUUCACACAUGAUAUAUUGAGAGAGUUUUGUCUCAAUUGCAAAAGUUGAUCAAAGUUACAAUUUCCUCCAAGAAAAGAUAUCCUCAUAACUUCUGAGUCUUUAAAUGCUGUAUCGUUAUUGCCAUACCAAUAUAAAUGUAUAGCACUCCUGUGUUUAGAUUUUGUUCGUUUAAUUCAAAACUCUGUCUUAGUCAUUGUGUAUCAAGCCAAAUGGAAAUAUUAAAAAAACCGACACAAAAGGCUGGUAACCUGAAAUAUAUUGGCCUGCAAAUGAGCUGCCCAUGUAGACAGAAAUGUGAUUUUGAUAUUGCUGGCCUACACUGACCUUCUCCCAAUACUGGUUGUCUCAUGGCCAGUAUUUUACAUUUCAGAUUUUCUACAGUUCACAGUUGCAUUUCUUCAACCUCAAUAAGACAACAAUAGCACCACUUGAAUUUUGCAGAAUUCUCAUCAGUUGGAAACUCUUCAUUAAAUGUGGUAACCUUUACAUUGAAAACAAUUGUACCUCAGUACCACAAAAUUUCCAGGCCAGAUUAUUCUCACCUAUUGCUAGAAACUGAAUACAAAACUGCAAGCUGCAGAGGUCGGCUUGUCCCUAACUUUCACACCUGCGCAUUGUAAUGUAUAAUGAGAGAAGUUGUAGUUCAGAUGAUGGACUAUACGACUCCCAUUCUACCACUGGACUCGCACUAAACCUAGCAAAGGAAAAAAAUGGAAUAAGCUCCGGGGCCAGAUGCAUUUUGUAUACUGAUAACUGAGGCCUGUUGCAUAACCCUAUUCACUGAAGGUGCUGAACCUGUUUAUUAUUUUUACCUACAUUUUAUUCAUUUCAUUUAAAUCUACUUGAACCAGCAGUUCACAACCUAGGCUUUUUUUUAUACUAAGGUUGAAUAAGAUUAGAUCUAGAGGUAAUGAUUUAAAGGUGAAAUGCUUAAGGGAAACUACUUCACUCAGGGUGUUGAUGACAGUGUGGAAUGAGCUGCCAAUGAAUGUAGAUUUGAUUUCAGCAUUUAAGUGAAAUUUGGAUAGGAAGACUAUUGCCCAGGUGCAGGUCAAUGGGACUAGGCAGAUUAAUAGUUUGGCAUUGACUAGAUGAUCUGAAGUGCCUGGUUUCUGUGCUGUGUUCAUUGAAAUUGUGAGGUGGAUCAUAAUCAACCAUGAUAGACCCUCCUGAGGCAGUGCAUCUGUGCUAUACAGGAGGGGAAAAAGUAGCCCUAAGGGUCCUCAAAAUCAGCUCCAGAAUUGAUGGAGACUUAUGACAUCAGGUCAGUCAUGACCAAGAAGAUGUCCUCCUAGUUGCCAUCUAUUAUCCCUCAACUGUUGAAUUUAGAAGAAGUGCUGGAAAUUUGUAAGGUAAGACUGUAUUCUGGGUUUAGCAUUUAUGUGUUCAUCACAAAGUGUAGCUUGAUAGGACUACUCCAGAUUGAGCUCUUUACAUCACAAAGGACAUGGCUAUUAGAUCUUGUCUGUAGCAGUUCAUGUAUGAAUUAGUACUUGACUUUAUCCUCAGCAAUCCAAUUGUGAACAACGCCUCUGUCUGUCAUUACGUAGAAAUGACUACCAGCACAAUCCUUCUGAGUUCAAGGUUCUAUCCUUAUACUGAGCACACAUGCCUUUGUGUUGUGUGGCACUACAUAUGUGCUAAAUAAGAUGGGCUUGGUCUGGAUCUGGCCAUCACAAUUCAUUGUGUGUUGUGGCCUGUCAACAUACAGUCUCUGCCUGUAACUGCAUGGCCUACUGUACCCUUCAGUCUGUCAUUGCUAUCAAAUCUAUUGUUCAAUAAUAUGAGUUUGCUGUGAACAAUAUUGGUUGUAGUUUAUUAUUGUCACAGAUACUGAGAUAGUGAAAAGCUUUGUUUCACACUAUCCAGAAAGAUCAUGCCAUAAAUAGUUAUAUCAAGGUAGUUGAGAGGAAACAAUACAGAAUAUAGUAUUGCAUUUCCAGAGGAAGUGUAGUGCAGACAGGUGAAUAAAGUGCAAGGGUCAUGGCGAGGUAUAUUGGGAGAUCAAGUUCAAUUCUACCUACAGAUGAUGAGGUGUUAAUUUAUUGAAGCUGCACUACAAGAAUGGUUGUGUACUAAGUAACAAAAAUACGGUGUAAUAUUUGGAACUAACAGAUUUAGCAACAAACGGAUCGAACCAAUGUCCUACAGUCCCAAUGUAUUUAUUUCAUGAAUGAUGAUAGCUAAUAGAAAGGAACAUGCCAAGAGUGUCCUCAUCCUCAGUGGUAGUGGGGCCUAUCACUGCUUUUUGAAUUGGCAACCGUCAGACCAAAUGGAUAACACACAAGAGCACAUAACUGAUGUUUGGUAUACUGUCUAGUCAUAGUCAUAGUCAUACUUUAUUGAUCCCAGGGGAAAUUGGUUUUUGUUACAGUUGCACCAUAAAUAAUAAAUAGUAAUAAAACCAUAAAUAGUUAAAUAGUGAUAUGUAAAUUAUGCCAGAAAAUUGUCCAGGACCAGCCUAUUGGCUCAGGGUGUCUGACCCUCCAAGGGAGGAGUUGUAAAGUUUGAUGGCCACAGGCAGGAAUGACUUCCUAUGACACUCUAGGUUGCAUCUCAGUGGAAUGAGUCUCUGGCUGAAUGUACUCCUGUGCCCACCCAGUACAUUAUGUAUCGGAUGGGAGACAUUGUCCAAGAUGGCAUGCAACUUGGACAGCAUCCUCUUUUCAGACACCACCAUCAGAGAGUCCAGUUCCAUCCCCACAACAUCACUGGCCUUACGAAUGAGUUUGUUGAUUCUGUUGGUGUCUACUACCCUCAGCCUGCUGCCCCAGCACACAACAGCAAACAUGAUAGCACUAGCCACCACAGACUCAUAGAACAUCCUCAGCAUUGUCCAGCAGAUAUUAAAGGACCUCAGUCUCCUCGGGAAAUAGAGACGGCUCUGACCCUUUUUGUAGACAGCCUCAGUGUUCUUUGACCAGUCCAGUUUAUUGUCAAUUCGUAUCCCCAGGUAUUUGUAAUCCUCCACCAUGUCCACACUGACCCCUGGAUGGAAACAGGGGUCACCGGUACCUUAACACUCCUCAGGUCUACCACCAGCUCCUUAGUCUUUUUCACAUUAAGCUGCAGAUAAUUCUGCUCACACCAUGUGACAAAGUUUCCUACCGUAGCCCUGUACUCAGCCUCAUCUCCCUUGCUGAUGCAUCCAACUAUGGCAGAGUAAUCAGAAGAUUUCUGAAGAUGACAAGACUCUGUGCAGUAGUUGAAGUCCGAGGUGUAAAUGGUGUUAGCAACUGUCUCCUGUCCCAAUUAAGUGGCAUAGUGUCCCAAAUAAAUGAAGGAAUCCAGUUUUCUCAGACGAUUUUCGCACUUCCAAAAACUAUUGAAAGUUCUUGAGCUGUCCCAAAUAAGCGGCUUACCCGAUUACCAAUAGUCCGAUUAACUGGAAUCCACUAUUAUUAAAGUAGGUAUAUGUCACCAUAUACUACCUUGAGAUUCAUUUUCUUGCAGGUGUUUACAGGAAAACAAAUAAAAUAGGAGAGUUUGUAAAAAAACUAGAAAUAAAGACUGACAACCAACCAAUGUGCAAAAGCAGACAAAUUAUGAAAAUGAAAGGGAUAUAUACAGCAUAAUACCGAGAACGUGAGAUGUAGAGUCCAGGAAAGUGGGUUGUAGGCUGUGGAGUUAUUUCAUAGUUAAGGUAAGUGAAGUUAUCCGUGCUGGUUCAGGAGUUUGAUGGUUGCAGGAUAAUAACUGUUCCAGAACCUGGUGGUGUGGGACCUAAUGCUCCUGUACCAUUGUAGCUGGGUGUCCUUUGAGUGACUUCCAAUAACCCAAGGCCUUUUCAUCAUCUACAAAAUACAUUCAGCAGUGGUGGAAUAGCUUCCACUUCCUUGGAUGAGUACUGUGCUAAUAAAGUAUGAUCCAGGACAAAGCCGUCAACUGGACUGGCACCCCAUCAACCACAAUCAACAUUCAUUUUCUCUACUACAGGCGGAUAGUGGUGGCAUUGUGCACUGUCUACAUAAUUAGCAUCAGGUUUAUUAUUAACAUAUGUUAUGAAAUUUGUUGUUUUGCAGCAGCAGUACGCUGCAAGGCAUAAAAAUGACUAAGUUACAAAAAUGAGAUCGUGCUGCCAAAGGAACAGUGAGGUAAUGUGCAUAGACUGCUCAAAACUCAGAUUUUGGACAGGAAGUUGUUUCUAAAAUGUUGACUGGGUCUUCAGGUUCCUGUACCCCCUCCUGGUGGUAGUAAUACAAAUAGGGUGUGUCCUGAAUGGUGAAUAUCCUUAAUAAUGGAUGCACUGUAGUUACUAAUCUAGAUUACUGUGACUGCAUCUCCCUAAUGCAUGAUCUCUACCAUCCAGAAGGCCAAGGUGAUAGGAUGGGAAUACCAGGGAAAGUGGACCAAAUCGGCAGUCUGCAUGAGUCACAGGACACAGGUGAGGUCUACUGAUCUAUAUUUAUUGUAGGAAAGGAUAUUGCAGAUGAUAAAUUCAGGAAGGUGAAUUUCUAGAACAAUUUAGUAUUGAAAAGCAGAGGGUAAUCCUUAAGGGUGGACCAAUGAUCAGGGUCUAUUGAAGUGUAUACCAGAUGGCUAUGAGAAUCAAGGGUAUUUGCCUUCAUUAGCUAGGACUAGAGUAUAACAGCAGGUGCAGCAAUAUAAAACAUUGAUUACAGAACUGGAAUACUCUGUGUUGUUCCAGUCAGCACUCUAUUGCAUGUGAUUGUAAUGGGGAAGGUGCAGAAGAGAUACAGCACAGUAUUGCCUGAGUGGGGAGGGAGAUGGAAAAGCCUGCUCCUGUUGACACCUCCCAGUCUCUGUCCAGCUAAUAGGAUUCACCUGUUACUUGUUCCAGACUCAUCGCCUGCAGCCUAUUUAACCCCAGUACUCUUCGACAGUCCCUUUUCUUGCAUUGCACCAGCUGACCUCAACCUGUUGCUCCUAGCUUCCACUCUCCCUGCCUAAAGUUUACCUUGUUGCAUUUAGCUUUUGUUCUCUCUUGUUUUGUGGCCCCUCAUAGCUUGUUAUUUUGUGGUCUAUUAUUAAAGUUAUUGUUUACUGCUAAGUCAUCAUCACGGCUCUGCCUUUGGUUUCAAGACUCUUCUACAUUUCCAGAUGGUUGAGAGGUGCUUGAGAUACUAAAUUGACAAGUGUAGGUAAUAACUUUCCUUUAGCAGAGGUACAGGCCUUCCUCAGGUUACAGAUCAUUCUUGUGAAUGAUCUAUAACCUAACAGUUUACUAGUUACAAAUGUGGCCACAUAAGGUAGAGGGUACCUACAACUGCUGGCAAAUCCAUAUGGCCAGACUCCAAAAAGCUUGCUUGUAUGUAUGGGUCAUGCAUAUUAAAGUUGGGAAGUUCCUUUAUCUAUAACCAGAAUAAAUUAGAAUUCCUCCCCCCUUUCUUCCAUGGCCUUCUGUUCUCUCCUAUCAGACUCCCCCCUUCACCCGCUCUAUAUCUCUUUCACCAAUCAACUUCCCAGCCCUCCCCCUCCCAGUGUCACCUAUCACCUUGUGUUUCUCCCUCCCAUACCCCCACUAUUUAACUCUACUCCUCAUCUUGCUUUUUCUCCAGUCCUGCUGAAGGGUCUCGGCCCAAAACGUCGACUGUACUCUUUUCCAUAGAUGCUGAUUGGCCUGCUGAGUUCCUCCAGCAUUUUGUGUGUUUUGCUUGGAUUUCCAGCACCUGAAGAUUUUCUCUUGUUUGUAAAUUAGAAAGAGAAAUGUCAGUUACAAGGAGAGACUAGAGAAGUAGGAGUGUUUCUCUUCAAAGACGAGGUUACCGGAGAUAUGGUAGAAGUAUUUAAAAUCAUGAAGGAUAUAGACAAAGUAGAUAGAGAAAGGUAGAUUCAAUGCUAAUUUUCAAAAUGGAGCUGUAUCUGUUUCUGUGGAAGGUUUGUGAAAUGGGACCAGCUGGAUUGCUCUUGCAUGGAGCUGAUGAGGACUCUUUCUGUGACUAUUUCAUAAUUAUACAUUAUUUUUUCUUUCCUAGGAGUUCCUAGUGCACAGGAUAGGUUGCUUAGUCAAACUUCUACCCCUCACUCCUGGGGAAUUCUGCUGCCUGAUGGAGUAGAGAAGAGUCUUCGUUCCUACCCCUACACACAAACUUUCUUGCUCUUUCCCUUUCUCUUCCUCACUCUCUUUCAUCAGAGGUUUACAUAAUCCAGCAGACUGCAAGGCAGCAAGAACUGAAAGUGCGCCAUUACAUGCAGUUGGUGGUCAUUAGCAAAGCAAGUAAGUAGAACUGGUAAUUAGGGCUUUUGAAGCAGAAAGCUUUCCUUUAGCAUUUUAUGGGGAACAGCAGCUGAAUCUUGGAGGCCUAUGUUGGGCUAUCUUUCAGGAGGGUGAAUCCUCACAAAGCAGCAGGCCCUGAGGGAAUACAUUGUAAGGCUCUGAAAACCUGUGCCAACCAACUGGCAGGUGUAUUCAAGGACAUUUUAAACCUCUCACUGCUACGGUCGGAAGUUGCCACCUACUUCAAAAAGGCAACAAUUAUAUCAGUGCUCAAGCAGAGUAGUGUAUGCUGCCUUAAUGAUUAUCAUCCAGUAGCACUCACAUCUACAGUGAUGAAAUGCUUUGACAGAUUGGUCAUGGCUAGAAUCAACUCCUGCCUCAACAAGGACAUGGACCCACUGCAUUUUGCCUAUCGUCACAAUAGGUCAAUCGUGGAUUCAAUCUCAAUGGCUUUUCACAUAGGCUUAGAUCACCAGGACAAUGCAACACCUAUGCCAGGAUGCUGUUUGUUGACUAUAUCUCAGUGUCUUAACACCAUCAUUCCCACAGUCCAGUUUGAUAUGCUACUGAACCUGGACCUCUGCAUGUCCUUCUGCAAUUGGAUGCUUGACUUCCUAAUCAGAAGACCACAAUCUGUGCGGAUUGGUAAUGAUAUCUCCUCCUCACUGAUGAUCAACAUUGGCGAGAUCAGGGAUGUGUGCUUAGCCCACUGGUCUACUCUCGAUACCCAUGACUGUGGCUAGGUAUAGUUCAAAUGUCAUCUUUAAAUUUGCUGAUGAUCCAAUCAUUGUUGACAGAAUCUCAGGUGGAGAUGAGAGGGCAUACAGAAGUGAGAUAUACCAGCAAGUUGAGUGGUGUCACAACAACAACCUUGCACUCAAGAUCAGUAAGACCAAAGAGCUUAUUGUCAACUUCAGAAAGGGUAGGGUGAGGGAACAUGAACCAAUCCUCAUAGAGGGAUCAAAAGUGGAGAGAUUGAGCAAUUUCAAGUUUCUGCAUGUCAAGAUCUCUGAGAAUCUAACUUGGUGAUGCAGCUAUAAAGAAGUCAAGACAGCAGCUAUAGUUCAUUUGGAGUUAGAGGAGAUUUUGUUUGUCACCUAAAACACUCUUAAACUGUACCAUAGACAGUAUUCUGACAGGCUGCAUCACUGUCUGGUAUGGGGGUGGGGUCGGGGGGAAGAUAUGGCACGUGAUCGAGAAAAGCUACAAAAAGUUGUAAAAUUAUUUAGCUCCAUCUUGGGUACUAGCCUCCAUAGUAUCCAAGACAACUUUAAAGAGCAGAGCCUCAGAAAGGCAGCAUCCAUUAUUAAGUUCCCCAGUCACCCAGGACAUGCUCUCUUCUCAUUGUUACUGUCAAGGAGUUACAGAAGCCUGAAGGCACACACUCAGCAAUUCAAAAACGGCUUUUUCCCUCCCCCCGCCAUCUGAUUCUGAAAUGGAUAUUUUAAAUUUAACUAUUUAAUAUUCAUAUAUAAAUUACAAUUUAUGAGAGGGGAGAAGAUGGCAGCACAACGCAGUGCAUGCGACCGCUCCGAAAUGAUAUCGUAUUUGUUAAAUAGGUACAGUGCACAAUCCUGAUUUGAUGGAGACGGUGUGAGAAGCAUGGAGGAACAUCUGGAGAAACUUCUGAAAUGCCUGCUUCGCUGCUGCUGCUACUAUGCAAUCGAGAAUCUCCAGAGGGGAAAACCCCAAAUCCUCGGCUUUGCCUAUUGCCGGGGCCGGGGUUGAAGCACUCGGCAGAGAUGGUGCUCGGUGUCGGAGGGCUGGUCGGAGACUCUAAGUUUUAGGACAGACUCAAGAGUGGGCUGUGGUCGGGUGCUGCAUCGGCAUGUUUGUGGCGCUGGUAGCUCAUGGCAGGAAGAGAGUUUCUCUUCCUUCUACCGUCUGCGCGAGAUGAUGGGACUUUUGAGAGACUUUGAGACUUUUUUUUACCAUGCCUAUGGUCUGUUCCUCAUCAAAUUAUGGUAUUGCUUUGCACUGUUGUAACUAUAUGUUAUAAUCAUGUGUUUUUUGUCAGUUUUUUUAAUCUUGGUUUGUCUUGUUUCAGUGAUAUCUUUCUGGAGGAACAUUGUAUCAUUUCUUA